GUAUUACUGCAGAAUGUAAACUGGAGCAGCUCUGGUGUUAAUGUCCACAUCGCCGAAUUCAAUUAUAGCAACGCUUAUGUAUUAAUUUUCUGAGGAUGACUAGUAGAAUAAGAUUUGUUAGGUCCAUGGUAAAGGGGGCGGCUAUGGCCAACGUUCCCAAACACGUUGACCAUUUCUCCAAAUUUUCCCCAUCGCCGCUCUCCAUGAAGCAGUUCUUGGAUUUUGGUUCAACCAAUGCAUGCGAGCGCACAUCAUUCGUCUUCCUUCGGCAAGAGCUUCCUGUGCGUCUGUCUAACAUCAUGAAGGAAAUCAACCUGCUGCCGGCAAGACUUCUGGCCACACCCUCUGUGCAACUGGUCCAGAGCUGGUAUAUCCAAAGCUUGAUGGAGAUCUUGGAUUUUCUGGACAAGAGCCCAGAUGAUCAGAGAACUCUUGUGACGUUUGUGGAAGUAUUGGAGACGAUCAGAAACAGGCACAAUGAGGUGGUCCCCACCAUGGCCCAGGGAGUCAUUGAGUACAAGGACGCCUUUGGCCAGCAGGAUACUGUUACUGAACACAACAUGCAGUACUUCCUGGACCGCUUCUACACUAGCCGAAUCUCCAUCCGCAUGCUCAUCAACCAACACACGCUCAUCUUCAAUGGAAACACAAACCCCACUCACCCUGACACCAUUGGUUGCAUUGACUCAAUGUGUGAUGUGCCUGAGGUUGUACGAGAUGCUUAUGAGAGUGCUAAGCUAAUGUGUGAACAAUAUUACCUGGGAGCACCUGAACUGGAGCUGAGACAGAUAAAUGCUAACAGUAUCCGACAGCCCAUUCAGAUCUCUUACAUCCCAUCUCACCUGUACCACAUUCUCUUUGAGCUCUUUAAGAAUGCCAUGAGGGCAACCAUUGAGAACCAUGAGUCAAGCAGGAUCCUCCCGCCCAUCAAGGUUCGAGUUGCAGUUGGUGAAGAGGACUUGUCAAUCAAGAUAAGUGAUAGAGGGGGUGGAGUUCCAUUUAGGAAGACAGAGCGUCUAUUCAGCUACAUGUACUCCACGGCUCCCAAACCCAAUAUAGGGGAGAAACAUAGAGCCCCUCUGGCUGGUUUUGGCUAUGGGCUGCCCAUUUCUCGUCUCUAUGCUCGCUACUUUCAAGGAGACUUACAGCUCUAUUCCAUGGAGGGUUAUAGCACUGAUGCAGUUAUACACCUCAAGGCACUGUCGACAGAUUCAGUGGAGAGGCUGCCAGUUUUUAACAAAACUGCUCUGCGCCACUACAAACUGAGUUUGGAAGCAGAGGAUUGGUGUGUUCCCUCCAAGGAGCCACUAGAUCUCACAGUUUUUCGAAUGGCCAAGUGAUUCAGCCAACAAAAGACACAAAUAUACUACUAUGCUUUACCUUGAAAGGACAGGGCAUUGGUUGACCAGGAGCUGAGGGGAUCAAAAGAGAACAAGAUGGCCUCAUGUAAAAAAUUUUUGUUUUUUUAAAACUUUUCAUUCUGAUUUUCUGGUACUUUGGCUGACUGGAUACACAAGUUGCCACAAUGUUUUUUUUUUUUUCUCCAUGUCCUCUCUGUGAAGAAAUAGAGGAAGAGAAUUCAGUGGUCAAGUGGUAAAAAGCCUGAAGAGAGCAAGAAACCUAUUGAAAACGGAUCUGGAAUUCAAGCAUUAAAAGAUUUGUUUCAAAUGAUUAAACAGUUGUACCUGGAGCCUUUAUUUGUUGAUAUUGUUACAGUUGUGUCAAUAGUUCAAAAUCCCAUGUUCUGUUAUACAGUAUAUUGGUAUUUGAGUCACUGUGAGUAAUGACAGGUUAUAUGAAUGAGGUUUCUGCUUGGUUUGAUUAUUUCAUUUAAAUUUGAAGUGUUUUUUUUUGUAUUGUAUUUCUGAAGAUUUUGUAAUAUCAAAUGACUUAUUUUUGUAAAAGAAAUAAAAGAUAUAUGUGUA